UUAGAAGUGACACCUCAGCUGGAGUACCGCUGCAGAAAGAGUAAAAUGGCUUUGUGCGGUGUUGGUCGUCCUUUACUCCAGAAAACACACCGUGCUUUGGGAUGUUUUUCUAAGAAGAAGCAGACAUUCAGCUAUAAAGCCAAUGGCUUUCAGGAGGAGGAUAUUCGAAAGAAGCUUCAACUGUUUCCAGGGGGAUCCAUAGAGCUUCAGAAACAAGAAUCAGGCAUUGCAGUGAUGACGGUCAAUAAUCCAGCACGGAUGAAUGCCUUCUCAGGCAGCAUGAUGGUUGAACUGGAAGAACGUGUGUGUGAGCUGGAGUCUUGGACAGAAGGGAAAGGUCUCAUUGUGCAAGGGGCUGCUGGAACGUUCUGCUCUGGAUCCGACCUGAAUGCAGUCAGAGCAAUAUCAAACCCACAGGAUGGCAUGAAGAUGUGUAUGUUCAUGCAGACAACUCUUACACGACUCCUCAGAUUGCCCCUCAUCUCUGUAGCUCUGGUUGAAGGAAAGGCGCUGGGUGGAGGUGCAGAACUCACUACUGCCUGCGACUUCAGGCUGAUGACAUCUGAUGCUGUGAUCCAGUUUGUCCAUAAACACAUGGGAUUGGUGCCUGGAUGGGGUGGAGCUGCAAGGCUGGUCCGAAUCAUUGGCAGUCAAAAUGCCUUAAAAUUGCUGGCUGGUGCGAAGAAAGUCGAUCCGAACAUUGGAAAGCAGAUUGGACUUGUUGAUGACGUGUUGACUGUUGAUGAAGGAAGCUCUUUGGUGGGCACAGAGCGAUGGCUGAGCCAGUUUACAAAGGGCUCAGCUCCUGUAAUCAGGGCUAUCAAGAAAGUGGUGUUAUCUGGCAAAGAGCUCUCUCUGGAUGAAGCUCUCACAACUGAAAGAAAUAUAUUCGGAACAGUAUGGGGUGGACCAGCCAAUCUCGAGGCUCUGGAACUUAAAACAAAACACAAGUGAGAGGGAAAAAAACUAUUUAAACACUAAAUUCAUCAUCUUGGGGAAAGAAAUGAACAACCCCUGACUUAUAUAUAGCACUAUAAUUGUAGAGAUAUUGAAUGUUAAGUGUAGCAUGUAAAUGAUGUGCCUCAGCAGGUCUGAAAUUGGUUAGAUGUAAAGUUAAAUCUGAUUUCAACUAUUCCAAUAAAAGGAGUUAUGAUUUUGGUUGACACAAGUCGUAAUAGUGUUUACUAUGCAAGUCAUAAGAAGCCAUGCAUCCUAAUAUUUUUUUUCUUUUUUUCUCGACAUAGCGAGUUGUUUUAAUUUUCUCGUGAUCUUAACAUAACGUUUUUAUUGCAUCCAUGAUGCUGCUCUUAUGCCGAACACAGAAAAAUUAAGUACUGAUCACGAGGAAACAAUAUUUGUCAAGAUCACGAGAUAAUUAAGUCGUGAUCACGACAAAACAACUUUUGUUAUGUCGAGAUCACAAGAAAAAAUGAGAAAGGAAAAAAAAAACAACAAUGCAUGGCCUGUUAGGACUUCCGUAGUUUACAGCACGUAUACUUCUAGAGUUUGUUUUAAAUAAAGAAAAAAAUUCCUAAUUCAAAACUGACUUUAUGCAAGGUACUUUUGUUUAUUUAGUACAUCUCUUGUUCUUUUUAUUGCACACUUGUGAGAAUUAAAUAGAAUAAACCGCUGAAUAUGAUACAA